AUGCCUCGCGGAUUCCUCGCAGUAACCUCUCGCCCAUCCUCGCUCCUCCCCGAAUCCGAAUUCCACGACUGGUACGAAGGCGAACACAUACCCCUCCGUCUCGACCGUCUACACGAGUUCCUCUCCGGCGCACGAUACCGCGCCGUCGACACCUCUGUCUCUCCCUCCGACGCCACACCGUACGGCCCAACCCACCCCGAAUGGCUCGCGAUGUACGAGAUCGACGACACGGCGACGUUCUCCAAGCCGGCGUACACCUCGUUGAGGGAGCAGCGGAGCGCGCGCGAGGCGGAUGUGAUGAAGCGUUUGGCGGUGCUGGUGCGAAGGACGGGGGAGGAGGUGGGUGCUUGGACUCAGGAGGAGGGCGGUGAGGGAGGGAUAAAAACAACCGGGAUGAAACCUGGAAAGCCUUCUGGGUGGGUCAUCACACAUGGUCUGAAGGCUGGGGAUGAAGAGGCGAGAAAGUGGGCCGAAGGUGUAGUUGCGCAGCUGAAUACCGUACCCGGGUGGGCAUCUACCCGGCUCGUACACGUGCUCGAGAGCGGGGAGACGCGCCUCGGGGGGCCGCACACACACCCAGAAGGGAAAGGGAUACUGCCAUAUUUUGUAAUUCAUGAAUGCCCCGAAGAGGCGAGCAUGCGGGCGGUUAGGCAAGCCAUAUCUGACCAUGGGAAAGCAUCGGAACAGUCGCAAGUGGAGGUAGGAGAGUGGAGGGAGUGGGCGCUAUACAAGGCCUAUCCGUGUAUAGCUCACCAGGAUAAAUGA